GACACGAAGAAGAAAAAAAAAAGAAAAAGGAAAAAGAAAAACAGAGAGGUCGAAAGGAAAAAAAAGAUAUGAAAUGAUUGAGGGGCCGAAGAAGCCAAUCCCAACCCCUUCUCCUCCGAAACGUGUCGUUCCGCUCCCCGCUUUUCGCCUCGGAACCGCUUCCCCGAAGCUCCUCCUCCUCCGCUCGCCGCCGGCGACUCUCCGGUCAGCUUAACCCUCAAAACCGAUUCGACGUCUCUUCGCAAAAAUAACCGAUCGAUCGAAGAUCUCAAAGCUUUUUCAGAUCUGAGAGAGAGAGAGAGAGAACGAUGCCGUCGAACGCGGAUCUGGACCGGCAGAUAGAGCAGCUGAUGGAGUGCAAACCGCUGGGGGAGGCGGAGGUGAAGGCACUAUGCGAUCAGGCGAGGGCGAUUCUUGUGGAGGAGUGGAACGUGCAGCCGGUGAAGUGUCCCGUUACGGUUUGCGGUGACAUCCAUGGCCAGUUCUACGAUCUCAUCGAGCUGUUCCGGAUAGGAGGCAGCGCUCCUGACACUAAUUAUCUUUUCAUGGGCGACUAUGUAGAUCGUGGGUACUAUUCAGUGGAGACGGUUACACUUUUGGUGAUCUUAAAAGUCCGUUAUAGAGAUAGAAUUACAAUUCUUAGGGGAAAUCAUGAAAGCCGUCAAAUUACUCAAGUGUAUGGCUUCUAUGAUGAAUGCUUGAGAAAAUAUGGGAAUGCCAAUGUCUGGAAGUACUUUACCGACCUGUUUGAUUAUUUACCACUAACUGCCCUCAUUGAGAGUCAGAUUUUCUGCUUGCAUGGAGGCCUGUCACCUUCUUUGGAUACGCUGGAUAAUAUCCGUGCCUUGGACCGCAUACAGGAGGUUCCGCAUGAAGGACCAAUGUGUGACCUCUUGUGGUCUGAUCCAGAUGAUCGCUGUGGUUGGGGAAUAUCUCCACGUGGUGCUGGAUACACAUUUGGCCAGGAUAUUGCUGCUCAGUUCAAUCAUACCAAUGGUCUCUCCCUGAUAUCUAGGGCUCACCAGCUUGUCAUGGAAGGGUACAAUUGGUGCCAGGAAAAGAAUGUAGUGACCGUUUUUAGCGCUCCAAAUUACUGUUACCGAUGUGGGAAUAUGGCAGCCAUAUUGGAAAUUGGAGAGAACAUGGAUCAGAAUUUUCUGCAGUUUGAUCCAGCUCCCAGGCAAAUUGAGCCCGACACUACGCGGAAGACCCCAGACUAUUUUUUGUGACUUUAUAUCUCUCUGUUUGUAGUUACUGCUCUGCUGUUACUGUAGAUGUCUUUUAAGGAAAAAGGGAGUUUCACUGUUAAGUGGAGGUUAUCGACAAUAUAAUUCUUUCUGCUGGAGCUUUCUUGCUGCUGCUGCUACUACCUCCAUCUUAUUUGGACAAAGAAACCUAUAGAACUGACACAAGCUUCCAAUUGGUAUUGUAUAUUUUUUAGCGGCAAUAACUUGGUAUAUCUUGUUCUGUCAAUUUUUUUUUUUUUUUUUGCCAAUUAAAUCUUAAGUUAGGGAAGGGAGAUUUUUGAGGGUUGACUGUCCAAUAUCCCAUCAUGUUUAUUUGAGAUAGUUGAUGGUGACAAAUGAAAGUGCAGGUGUUUAUCUUUACAUAAUCGAAUGAUAUCACGAGUCCUCUGCUUACUGCCUAGGGGUUUGAGAGGGACGUUGCAUCGAGACAGAACUUGCUUUCUUCAUUUAGAAGUUAGAAUGCUGAGUGUACUAGUUUGCUUUGAAUUUAUUUGAAAUAUGUUGAGAAACUUCGGAAAAUAGGUUCAAAGUCAAGAAGGUUAAAAGGUAAUUAAAAGAAAAUGUGAAAUA